UACAGUGACAUGAUUCCAAACUAAGAAUUCCACUCAUUUUUCCAAACUUGGAUUGAAGUAAUUGAACGACGUAAACAUCAUCGUAAACUAAAGUUUAAAUUUGUGACCUAAAUACUAAAACAAAACCAAAACUAAAUAUUUAUGGCCAGGUUUAGAUUACCUCGUACCAGCUUCUAUUGUGUAACUGCGCCCGCCAUUUUUGAAAACCCAGUUUCUUCCUUCUCCUCGAUUUCCUUCGAUACCCAUUUGCAAAAUGACAACUUUUCUGAUACCAAACAACAAUUUGUCAAACUAUGUUCCAAAGGGCGCAUAAAAGAAGCCUUCGAGAGCUUUGUGUAUGAGUUAUGGUCAGAGCCUCGUUUGUUCUCUACUCUCAUUCAAUCAUGCAUUUCCACAAACUCGGUAUUUUUAGGAAAACAGCUUCAUUCUUUGAUAUUCACCUCUGGGUGUUCCUCAGACAAGUUCAUUAACAAUCACGUUCUUAACCUUUACUCAAAAUUUGGGGAACUUCAUGCUGCUGUUAAACUGUUUGAUAGAAUGCCGAGGAGGAAUAUUAUGUCGUGUAACAUCAUGAUCAAGGCUUAUCUUGAGACGGGCGACCAUGAGAAUGCUCAUAAGCUGUUUGAUGAAAUGCCUGAGAGAAAUGUUGCCACGUGGAAUGCAAUGGUCACUGGGUUGAUCAAGUUUGGAGCGAAUGAAGAGUCUUUGUUGUUGUUUUCGAGGAUGAAUGUUUUGGGUUUUGUGCCUGAUGAGUAUUCGUUUGGUAGCGUGCUUAGGGGAUGUGCGCAUUUGAGAGCCUUGGUUGGUGGGCAGCAGGUGCAUGCUUAUGUUAUGAAAUGUGGGUUUGAGUUUAAUUCGGUUGUUGGAUGCUCUUUGGCUCAUAUGUAUAUGAAAGCUGGAAGCUUGCAUGAUGGGGAGAGAAUUAUCAAAUGGAUGCCAGAUUGUAAUUUGGUUGCUUGGAAUACACUUAUGGCUGGAAAAGCUCAAAAUAGGUACUUUGAGGGAGUUCUGGAUCAUUACCUUAUGAUGAAAAUGGCAGGAUUUAGACCAGAUAAGAUUAGUUUUGUGAGUGUGAUCAGUUCAUGUUCGGAGUUAGCCACCCUUUGUCAAGGGAGGCAGAUUCAUGCUGAAGUAAUCAAAGCUGGAGCUAGCUCUGUAGUUUCUGUAAUUAGUUCAUUGGUUAGUAUGUACUCUAAAUGUGGAAGUUUGCAAGAUUCCAUCAAAGCUUUUUCUGAAUGCGAAGAGCGAGAUGUUGUAUUAUGGAGCUCAAUGAUUGCUGCUUAUGGGUUUCAUGGUCAAGGGGAAAGAGCCAUCAAGCUAUUCAAUGAUAUGGAGCGGGAGAAUUUGGCCGGAAAUGAAGUUACGUUCUUGAGUUUGCUAUAUGCUUGUAGUCAUUGUGGACUGAAGGAUAAAGGACUUGGGUUCUUUGACAUGAUGGUAGAGAAGUAUGGACUCAAGGCUAGACUAGAACACUAUACUUGUGUGGUUGAUCUACUAGGCAGGUCUGGUUGUUUAGGCGAGGCAGAGACUAUGAUACGAUCCAUGCCUGUAAUAGCAGAUGCAAUUAUAUGGAAGACAUUAUUAUCUGCAUGUAAAAUCCACAAGAAUGAAGAAAUGGCAAGAAGGGCUGCUGAAGAAGUUCUUAGGAUUGAUCCUCAAGACUCAGCUUCAUAUGUUCUGCUUGCUGGUAUUCAUGCUUCAGCCAAGAGGUGGCAGAAUGUUUCUGAGGUGAGGAGAGCCAUGAAAGACAAGAUGGUGAAGAAAGAGCCAGGCAUAAGUUGGGUGGAAGUGAAGAAUCAGGUUCACCAGUUCCGUAUGGGUGAUGAAAGCCACCCAAUGUCUAUGGAGAUUAAUCAGUAUCUUGAAGAAUUAACUUCAGAAAUGAAGAUGCGGGGCUAUGUGCCUGAUAUUAGCUCUGUCUUACAUGACAUGGACAAUGAGGAAAAAGAAUACAACUUGACACACCACAGCGAGAAAAUAGCUAUUGCUUUUGCUUUAUUGAGCACCCCAAAGGGAGAGCCAAUUCGAGUGAUGAAAAACUUGCGGGUUUGCGGUGACUGUCAUGUUGCCAUCAAGUACAUAUCAGAGAUUAAAAACUCAGAAAUUAUUGUUCGAGAUUCUAGCAGGUUUCACCAUUUCAAAAAUGGGGUAUGUUCUUGUGGAGAUUAUUGGUAAUUAUUUGUUCCUUAAUUUCCAUUAUGGAACAUGUUCACGAUCUUGCAGCGUUUGCAAGUAAGAGAUACUAUGACCCUUUUACAGUAGCAGUUUAGGCUUUCAAAUUAAAACUUGCUUCUCAUUAGUUGUUCUUGCCAUAAUUUGGAAGGACUCAAUCCAGCACAAAUUUAGAAUGAGUACUCAUUAAUUGGUGCUCUGUCUAAUACCUUUGAUGGGCCCAAGACAGCUUGAUUGUGUUCACGAGCAAGGUAGUGGUAGGGUACCUGCAAUGACUUCAACGAUCAAGUCACUUAUUGAUAUCCCCACUCUGUGUUCUCAUAUAAUGGGUGAGUGAGAGGUUACUAGAUAACUGCAUAGGAAACAUGUUAGUGGUGAGUGGUUUUGUGCCCCAUAUUUAGGUAGUAAUUGAGAAGGGGGUAUGACCACCCAAAAAUGUACAAGAUGUGGACUCCACUAGUUCAUGACAGAACAUUACGAUAUACGAUCAAUCUACAUUCCAUGAAAAGAUCAUUUGUUGCGAAAAUUAAAAAUUGAUGAAAGAACAUGAAUUAUAGAAAAGUGACAUUCUUAUUCUUGUCCUUGUUGGCAUCUGCAUGCUGAUUAGAGAUGGAAUUUUACCCCAGCUAUAUCAGCACAUUUGUGUAGAUUUACCGAACUGUGAAAGCAAAUGGCAAAACCAUUUACGGGAUGAGUAAACGAGCAAAAUGUUGUGGAUAUAAUAUAACUGGUUGGAAGGAAAAGGAUUUAAAAUGACAUCAUAUAUCACUUAUACUAAAAUGCUCAGCAAAAAUAUGCAUUUAAAAUUGAAGCUUAAGAGGGAGCAAUUGGCAAGAAAUUGAUCUCGGUAUCCAACUUAAAACACUAGUCUUCCUUCUUACUUGGGUGGUUUGGACAAGCUGCAUACCAUGAAUAGAAUAUACUAGCCAGUAUUUCUUGUUGCAACAACGGCAGCCAUCAUUGUGAGUCUGGCGACUAACUGCAACUUUUUCGAUUAUUAAGCAAGCCCUUGUUCAUGGAUGCGUCGCGGGAGUUAAUGUUGUAUAUAUAUCCAAGAAAUUCCUUGGCCAGAUAUAUAUUCCAGAUAUCGUUUGGGUUUGGGUCCUUAUUAUUCUUUGCAUUGCUGUUGCUUCUGGGUUUGAAAAUCAAAAUCCAAUUCAAAAAGCUUAUGGUAAUUUCUUCCCUUGUUGAAUGUUCUGAUUAAUAUUAUCCAGGUAUAAACCAUACCCAUGAUGUAUAUUUUCAAUUUGAGGGUAGAUAAUAAGAAAUAUAUGUGGCCCAAAAUGAUCUUAAUGCCAGAUUAUAGUGUAACCUACAUCAACAUUCUUUUGCAUUUUUGCCAUAAUAAAUAAAAGAUUAACACACUAGCAUUGUGAUGACACUAUGUUAUAUUAGUGUUUUAAAGUAGUUUUUAUAGUCUUUUAGCUAUAUUUUUUAUUAACAUUGCAUGUUUUUGAGUAAAUUAUAGUAGGAGUCAAGACAAUUGUGUAAAGUCUUGUUGCACUUCGAAUCACUCUAACUAGACAGCUCUCUGUGUGUACAUGGUGGAUGUUACUUUGGAGAGAGACAAAGCAAGAAAGGCACACAAAAGAACGAGGAAGGAAGAAACAAUGUAAAAAUCACCCCGAUCAGAUGGGACUGUGGCGCAAUGCAUGCCAAAGCCAAACGGGAAAUAAUUAUGUGAUAAUCGCGGUGCGAUGGGUUGAGAUCAUGGCACGAUUCAGCAUCCAAUCACGUGAUGCCAAGUGGAUUAAAUGACAAAUCGCAGUGUAAUGGUUUUGGAUCAUGGCAUGAUUCAUGCGUGCUGAAACCUACAAUAUACAAGGAAAACUUGGAAAAUUUGCAAGAGUUCAAAUUUUUUACAGAAAGAUUACGACUCCAAGCAUAACUAGAAGCCAUUUGGUGUAGCGUAAGCAUAACUAGUAGAUAUUUUAUUGUGAUUGUCAACAUGCCGGUGUACCAACACUAUGUUAGUGUUUAUAAAUCUUAAAAAGAGUUAUCUUAAUCUCUUAAGAGGAGUUCA